CCCAGCUGUGUAUCCAUGAAGAGUGACCAAUCUAUGGAUCCACCUAUCAUGUUCAGAGAAGGAGAUGUUUCCAUUGAACAAAGGAUCAAACAGCAGAGACCAGCCUCUCCUGUACCCAGCUGUGCAUCCAUGAAGAGUGACCAAUCUAUGGAUCCACCUAUCAUGUUCAGAGAAGGAGAUGUUUCCAUUGAACAAAGGAUUAAACAGCAGAGACCAGCCUCUCCUGUACCCAGCUGUGUGUCCAUGAAGAGUGACCAAUCUAUGGAUCCACCUAUCAUGUUCAGAGAAGGAGAUGUUUCCAUUGAACAAAGGAUCAAACAGCAGAGACCAGCCUCUCCUGUACCCAGCUGUGUAUCCAUGAAGAGUGACCAAUCUAUGGAUCCACCUAUCAUGUUCAGAGAAGGAGAUGUUUCCAUUGAACAAAGGAUUAAACAGCAGAGACCAGCCUCUCCUGUACCCAGCUGUGUGUCCAUGAAGAGUGACCAAUCUAUGGAUCCACCUAUCAUGUUCAGAGAAGGAGAUGUUUCCAUUGAACAAAGGAUCAAACAGCAGAGACCAGCCUCUCCUGUACCCAGCUGUGUAUCCAUGAAGAGUGACCAAUCUAUGGAUCCACCUAUCAUGUUCAGAGAAGGAGAUGUUUCCAUUGAACAAAGGAUUAAACAGCAGAGACCAGCCUCUCCUGUACCCAGCUGUGUGUCCAUGAAGAGUGACCAAUCUAUGGAUCCACCUAUCAUGUUCAGAGAAGGAGAUGUUUCCAUUGAACAAAGGAUCAAACAGCAGAGACCAGCCUCUCCUGUACCCAGCUGUGUAUCCAUGAAGAGUGACCAAUCUAUGGAUCCACCUAUCAUGUUCAGAGAAGGAGAUGUUUCCAUUGAACAAAGGAUUAAACAGCAGAGACCAGCCUCUCCUGUACCCAGCUGUGUGUCCAUGAAGAGUGACCAAUCUAUGGAUCCACCUAUCAUGUUCAGAGAAGGAGAUGUUUCCAUUGAACAAAGGAUCAAACAGCAGAGACUAGACUCACCUGUACCCAGCUGCGUGUCCAUGAAGAGUGACCUAACUAUAGAACCACCUCUCACAUUUAAAGAGGAAAACAUUUCUACUGUAAAAAGGGUCCACCAAGAGAGACCAGCCAUCACUGCACCCAACUGUGUGUCCAUGAAGAGUGACCAGUCUAUGGAUCCACCUCUUAGGUUCAGAGAUGGAGACGUUUCCAUUGAACAAAUUUGA